CUGCAAUGAUAGAACCAGUUCCACUGGCUCGUCCCGUGUGUCGUUAACGUUUUGUUAUGUAUUAAAAAUGUCUGUGCUAGCAAGUGUUGUGGUCUGCACCGUUCUGAUGAUGGUCAGUACGACGGCGGACCAGAUUGAUCGUAAGCAGGGACCCUGCAUAAUGCCACCAUUUCCGGCCCACGGCUCCUAUCUGAGCUCUCCAAAGUCUUCCCCUGGUGAUCAGCUGGAGAAUGCCGUGCUCAACAUCACCUGCGAUGCUGACUACCAUCUAGUGGGAGAAAGGACUGUUACGUGCAUCUCCGACUGGUGGUCAGAUGACAUGCCCGAGUGCUUACCGUUCUGUAAGGCUGGUAAGAAGUCCUGGGUUGUCGGUUGUGAUUCGGGCGCCUCUCAGUGCGUCAUCACACCCAGUAAUCUACCAAGUCUCGGACACAGAACCCUCAGCCAAAAUCAAAACUGCGGUACUGUGGGACCCAUCACCGACAGGAUCAUUGCGGGCGGCUACCAGGCCGUUCUCUAUGACGCGCCAUGGCACGCGGGGCUCUACACGAAGGCCACCAUGCCUUACAUGCAGAUAUGCGGCGGCACCCUCAUCGCAAGGGACGUCGUGGUGACUGCGGCACAUUGCUUCUCCACGGAUGGAAGCACGCCCUCCGCAGCAAAUUACGCGAUAGCAGUCGGCAAGAUAUAUCGGCCGUGGAACAACGACCACGACAAACAAGCUCAAAAAUCUGAUGUGAAGGAAAUAAGAAUCCCGCCGCGGUACCUCGGGAGCGUGGGGAACUUCCAGGAUGACAUAGCUCUGGUGAUAGUCGCCAAGAAGUUCGACUACACAGAGGCCGUGACUCCCGCCUGCGUCAGCUUCGACCGCAAGUUCGACGAGGAGCAGUUACAAGAGGGCAAAUAUGGCAAGGUGUUCGGUUGGGGCCUCACUGGUGAAAAUGCUAAGUCUUCCCAAGUUCUGCUCGUAGCCGAUGUGCCAUACGUCGAUAUCCGCAAAUGCAUCAAGGAAAGCCCAGUAUCCUUUAGGACUUCCAUUACUUCGGACAAGUUCUGCGCGGGAUAUACUAACGGCACAGCAGUAUGUCGCGGCGACAGCGGCGGAGGACUAAUGUUCUCCAAGAUGGUAAAGGGUAAGGAGCGCUUCUUCCUCCGCGGCAUCGUCUCCACCUCGCCCAGCACCGAGAACGCCUGCAACAUCUUCGCCUGGGCGGCGUUCACCCACAUCCUCAAACACGAAGGCUUCCUUAAAACUGUGGUCGGCUCGAAGGAGGAGGCUCCAGUGCCAGUCGACGUUGUCCACACACCUGUCUCUUCUGGCGGGCAUUACGCCCUGUAUAACUUAGAUUUCAGGAUAGGGUCGCAAAAGCCUCAGUCCGGUUGGGUGUGAGGUACUGGAUCACCCAAUGAGUCCAGAAAGAAGGCGUUAACAGCUGAGGUAUACUCACAUGCGCUUGAAUGUAUUAGCAUUUUAUAUGUGAUAAUAAAAUAUUGAGAAAACGUA